AAAAAACUGUCUGGGGCUCGUGCAGCUGGUAUUCCAUCCUCGAGCUCAGUCAAGCCGCACGCGCGCUCCUGUGCACCUCCUCCCUGUGCGACUCUCCGGACAACCGAGCACUCUUCUCUUCUCUUCUCUCCUCUUCUCUGCUCUUCUCCUCUGCCCAGACCGCCACAACACCUGAGGAAACAUGGAGGCCAUCAAGAAGAAAAUGCAGAUGCUGAAGCUGGAUAAGGAGAAUGCUAUAGACCGUGCGGAGCAGGCUGAGGCGGACAAGAAGGGAGCAGAGGACAAAUGCAAACAGCUGGAGGAGGAGCUCUUGGGUCUGCAGAAGAAGUUGAAAGGAGUUGAGGAUGAGUUGGACAAAUACUCUGAGUCACUGAAGGAUGCCCAGGAGAAGCUGGAGCAGGCAGAGAAAAAGGCUGCAGAUGCCGAGGCAGAAGUAGCAUCUCUAAACAGGCGCAUCCAGCUGGUAGAGGAGGAGUUGGAUCGUGCCCAGGAGAGACUGGCCACUGCACUGCAGAAGCUGGAGGAGGCCGAGAAAGCUGCAGACGAGAGCGAGAGAGGAAUGAAGGUCAUAGAGAACAGAGCAUCAAAAGAUGAAGAGAAAAUGGAGAUCCAGGAGAUGCAGCUGAAGGAGGCCAAGCACAUUGCUGAGGAGGCUGACCGCAAAUAUGAAGAGGUUGCUCGUAAGCUGGUGAUCCUUGAGGGUGAUCUGGAGCGCUCAGAGGAGCGUGCUGAGGUGGCUGAGGCACGAGGGAGGGAGCUGGAGGAGGAGCUCAAGCAAAUGGACCAGAAUGUGAAGUCCAUGAUGUGCGGCGAGGAAGAGUACUCGCAAAAGGAGGACAAAUAUGAAGAAGAAAUCAAAGUUCUUACUGACAAACUGAAAGAGGCCGAGACCCGUGCAGAGUUUGCUGAGAGAUCUGUGGCCAAAUUGGAGAAGACCAUUGAUGAUUUGGAAGAGAAACUGGCCCAUGCCAAAGAAGAAAAUCUGGACAUGCACCAGGUGUUGGAUCAAACCCUUCUGGAACUCAACAAUCUAUAAAGACCACUACAGAGCUGGGUCAACAACGGCCUGAAAGAAAGAAUGUCCCAAGCUAACAGCCUGCACCCUCACAGACGGAACCUUACUCUAAUCAUCUGUUACAGUGAAAAAAGAACAGCAACAACAUGUACAUGUAACAUUUGGUACAUCCAAAGAGUCCCUGAAAAGAAAAUGAGAGAGUGGAAGGUAUUUUGUGCGCAAUAGAAACUAUAGCAUACACUAUCCAGUUAUUCAGAAAUGAUUGGAUCAUCAUUAAUAAGAACAUCAUUGCAACAAAUGCAACAAUCAUUACAACAUCAUCUCAAAAGCAAAUAUUUCAUCUGCAAAUGUUUCUCUCAUUAGAUUAGAACUGAUGAAGCGUUUCUCAUUGGAUGCAUUCAUGACUGUGGUGCAGCCCACCUGUUUUAAUAUCACCUUCAGAACAGUGAUAGUACGCAAAAUAGUCUCUACUGCACACAAGAAAACAUUCUCAUUAUUUGUUAAUGCCUCACUGACCUAUGCUCAAGUUCUUCUGACCCACAUCAAUUGAUCUCUAAACAUAUGCCUGCAUGUUUCUGAAGGCAGUGAUAAACGGUGUGUGUUUUUUUCGUUUAAUUUGGAGGAUUAGAUCAAAUGUUUUAGUUUUUAAACUCUUCUGGGGCAACAUCCAAGUUGUGAGAAGUGAGACUCUUGUUCCAUUUUAACAGAGCUUUGUUCUGGCAAAUUUAAUAUUGACAUCCACUUUAAAAUAAAUGCUUUAUUCUUGA